UGUAUGUUGUGUUGCUAAGGAGAUGGUAGGAGGACGGAGGAGGUGCGAAUCACUGAGCUGCUUAGCCUAUUGUUUUGUUAGGUGUUUUUUCCAUCUCUUUUGUGCCCAGAAAACAUUGAGAAGAGACUGACGCACCACGGCACACUGUCCGAGACACACAAAAGCCCACUGAAGCCUGCACUGAGGAAUUAUCUGCUGUCAGGACCUGAGGCUGCACGGGGGCGAUAGGGAGAGACGGAGCCAGGGAGCCAGGCUCGGGCCACCACAGGGUGACGGUGCCGCUGUGCCGGAGAGGAGGGGACUCGCAACUCGGCGAUGGCGUCCUCCACCAUGCAGAUUCUCGCCUUUGCCCUGGCGCUGCUGGGCGUCCUGGGCGCCACCGUGGCCACGCUGCUGCCCAACUGGAAGGUGAGUGCCGACGUGGGCUCCAACAUCAUGACUGCCAUCUCCCAGAUGCAGGGGCUGUGGAUGGACUGCACCUGGUACAGCACCGGUGUGUUCAGCUGCACCUUGAAGUACUCCGUGCUGUCGCUGCCCGCCUACCUGCAGACCGCCAGGACGACAAUGGUUCUGUCGUGCAUGAUGGGUUGCCUGGGCCUCUGUCUUGCCGCCCUAGGGCUGAAGUGCACCCGCUGGGGGGGCAGUCACCGGGCAAAGGGGCACGCGGCCAUUGCCGCGGGGGGUUGCUUAAUCCUGGCUGGCAUUCUCUGCUUGGUGCCCGCUUCCUGGUUUACCAACGAGGUCAUCACCACCUUCCUGGACUCCAACGUGCCCGAGAGCAGUAAAUACGAGCCUGGGGGGGCCGUGUACGUGACCUUUGUCUCUGCCGGCUUCCUGCUUGCCGGUGGGGUCAUCUUUUGUUUGUCGUGUCCCGGAAAAAGAGACUACACCUCGACCUCCACCUCUACCACCUUUCCUGACAAACUACUGCAGCAGCAGAUAAACCAAGAGCAACUACAGCGCGACCUGAUACAGUGUGACCUGAUGCAGCACGAUCAACAGCAACGGGAGCAGAAGGACUUUAAACAGCAGACGUCGCCUAAUGAGCAGUCGAGCCAAGAGCAGCUACAGUGGGUUGACAAAGGGUCCCAGGGUAAGGUCCAAGCAGCUGACGACAUCCAGCAGGAGAAGCCUCUACAUGAAGACAAGGGAACGCAGCAGUUCUACUCUCCAUCCAGAGUCCCUCCAAAAGACACCCGGGCUGGUUACAGCCUGCAGGACUAUGUUUAAUAUGUUUGAUCCCUAUACCCUACUCUUGUUAGUGGGGUGGGGGGAGAAUCGUGAGGACAUUCUACUGGCUGCCUUGUGAAGGGGAGAGAGUGGAGAAAGAGGGGGAGGAAGGAUGGGAGGAGGAGGGAGAGAGUGGA